GUUUGACAGUGACAAGUGCAACAUAACCUUUAAUUUGCGUAUGCAUUGUAAAUAGUGAAAGUGUUAAAUAUAAAAAGCGAAUUAUAAAUAUACAACUUAUUAAUUAAUUGUAUAUGGAUUAUCAUAACCGUAAAUAUGAUAAAAGUCGAUAUAAACGAAGAAGAUCUAGAUCCCCAGGAGAAAGGGAGCCUCGAAAGAAAAAGAUUAUUACAGACUAUAAAUCUGAACUUUAUCGUUUCCUGGAAGAACAAACAAACAUUAGUAAAAUUGACGAUUUUUGGAAGUUUUACGAGAAAUAUGAAUCGGUACAAACUUUACGAAAACCAGAUGUAGAUAAAAGUAAAUUGUUGAAUAUAGACUUGAUAGACAGUGCUUCCGUAUUAUAUGAGACCCUGCCAGUUUUGGAUAGAAAAGGUCAUAGAGUGGAAAUAAAUGAAGCAGAUUUUAAAGAUUUUUUGCUUGUUAUAAGAAUAUAUCAAGACUUUCAACAAAAAACUUCCUUUUCUAAACUGAAGAAAUUAAAAUCAUUCCAAAACGAUCUUCCCAUAGCCCAACACAGAGAUGAAAUUAUACAGAAAUUAAGAGAAUGCAGAGUAAUUUUAAUAGCUGGUGAUACAGGCUGUGGAAAAUCAACACAAGUUCCACAAUAUAUUCUAGAAGCUGGAUACAAAAAAAUUGUAUGUACGCAACCAAGAAGAAUAGCAUGUGUGAGUUUAGCAAAAAGAGUUGCAUAUGAAACUUUGACCGAUUAUAAAAAUACAGUUGGUUAUCAAAUUAGAUUUGAAAAGACUAAAAGAAGUGAUACAAAAAUAAUAUUUAUGACAGAAGGGCUUCUCCUGAGACAAGCCUCUGAAAAAGAAACAUUGGAAUCAUAUGAUGUUAUUGUCUUGGAUGAAGUACAUGAGAGAAAUUUGCAUGGAGAUUUUUUGAUAGGCAUAAUGAAAUGUUUACUCAGUCAAAGGAACAAUUUUAAAUUAAUACUGAUGUCAGCAACAAUAAACAUUGAAUUAUUUUCAAAAUAUUUUUCUGAAGAAAACAUUCAAGUAAUACAAGUACCUGGAAGGCUAUAUCCAAUCGAUAUCCAAUAUAGACCAAUAGUAAAAGAUCCUUUUGAAAGAAAAAAAGACAAACUAGAUUGUACUCCUUACUUACAAAUAUUACAAAUGAUCGAUGAAAAGUAUCUACCAAGUCAAAAAGGUGACAUGCUGAUAUUCCUUAACGGUUUUUCAGAAAUUUCAGUAUUAGCAGAUGCCAUUACAGAAUAUAGCCAAUUGAAAAAGAAUUGGAUCGUUCUGAUAUUACACAGUACAUUGUCAUUGGAAGAACAAGAUAAGGUAUUUGAUUAUCCCCCUGAAGGUGUUCGUAAAUGUAUCAUUUCAACAAAUAUAGCAGAAACGUCAGUUACCAUUGAUGGAAUUAGGUUUGUCAUAGACUCUGGAAAGGUUAAUAGGAUGAGCUAUAAUACUCAAUUAGGAGUUAACAAGUUGAGCGAAUGUAAUAUAUCUCAAGAUAGUGCCAAACAAAGAGCAGGUAGAGCUGGUCGUACUGGUCCUGGUGUAUGUUUCCGUUUGUAUUCUGAAGAUGAUCUAAAGAGUUUCGAAGCUUUUACUCCAGCUGAAAUUCAUCAAGUACCAUUAGACUCAUUGCUGUUACAUAUGAUUUCAUUGGGUCUUAGUGACAUUGAAAAUUUUCCUUUUAUCGAAAAACCGGCUACAAAAAGCUUGGAAGAGAGUUUGGAAAAACUGAAAUUUAUCGGAGCUUUAGAAUUAAAUAAGGAGUGUUUAUGUUUAACCCAAUUAGGGGAUUCUCUCAGUCAAUUACCUGUUGAUUUGACAAUAGGUAAGAUGUUGAUAACUUCCACAGUUUUUGGAAACGUAAAUGCAGUUUUAGCAUUAGCAUCUCUUCUCAGUGUACAAAAUCCAUUGACGCAACAGGCUCAAAGAAAUUUGGAAGCUCGUGACCUCAGAAAACCAUUGGAAUCGAAUCAUGGAGAUCCUAUAAGUCUGCUCAAUUUUUACAAGGAAUGGUUAACUAUAAAGCAAACAUCAACUCCAGCUAAAGGAUAUCACUCCAAAAGAGAUGGAGGAUAUAAUUCAAAAGUGUGGGCUAGAAAAAGAUGUAUAGAGGAGCAGAGAUUUUAUGAAGUGACAAAAUUGAUUGAACAAUUUAGAGAAAUUCUACAGGAAGCAGACCUUCUGCCCAAGUUAAUAGAGCCUGAUCUCAGUAGUGGAGAAAGAUCAAUAAGGUUUGGUGAACUAAAGCAACUAAAAUCGAUGCGAUAUCGAUUGAAGAACGAAGAGAAAUCGAGGAAUCGAAAACAAUUGAAAUAUGAAAUGCACGAUAACGAUGCUGGUAAUGAAGAUCAUGGAAAAGGAGAUAUCAGAGAUGUGGAAUUUAGGAUUUCUCAUGAUUUUAAGAGGCUUCAAAAACUUUUGAAUGAUGCAUCAGCUAACAGCUUUAAAGACCUUAUGAUGUUGAAAUUAAUCUUAACAAGCGGUCUCUACCCUCAGAUAGCUGUCGAAGAUGAAUUUAAUUCUUCAAAAACCGUCUUGGAACGAUUAUAUCACACCAAACAUAAAAAUUAUCUUUUUCUCAGACCAGAUAGUUACUUUGCUACAGAUCCGGAAAUAUUAGAAUUACACAAUGACGAUAUCGAAGUACCACCAGUUGGUUACUUUAGUAAGAGGCCGAUAAGUAGAAAACACCAAAUAUUGGUUUAUCAAACAAUAUUAGAAACAAAAAAAGUUUAUUUGGUGAAUACGAUGAGAAUGCCCGCAUUACAGACUCUACUACUAUUAGGAAAAACUGUUGCCACAAAUGAAACUUUUACGAAAUUUGUAGUUGACGAUUUUUUGCUUUUGGAUGCUCCUUAUUUUGGACAAGGUAAAGCAAUACUAUUAAAGGCGAUCGCUCUAAGAGAAAAAUGGAAAAACAAAUUAGAAUCUAAACUGAAAGAUCCCUCGAACACAAAAGUUGAUGAAAAGGAUAUUUUCUAUUUCACCGAAGAAUUAGUCGAUUAUAUGUCAUCAGUAAUCAGUUACAACAUUAAAAGAUUAUUACCGGCUGAUCUAAAAGAACUUUAUAACCAUGAUUGCGAAUUAUUCGAAAGUCACAAAAUUGCAGAAACCAGUAAAAACCCUUUUUGUGAAAAUUACCCCAUAACGAAGAAUUACCAAUAUGGAGGUAUAAAUGUUACUGAAAACGUCGUUUAUGGUUGUCUCCUUCAGGAACAGUGGGCUUAUGAAAUUGAAGAAACAGUUGCAAAUACGCCAUUCGUAUGCAAACAUUGCAACAAGUCUCGAUUGGGCUCUAGCUUAUUUGGAAAUAUUUUACAUGAAACAUUUUGCAAAUGUAGAAAAAUGAAUAGAAUUAGCCGCCAAGAUGAACAAGUAGUUGAAGUUGAAAUUGUUAAACCUAAUUCCAAACCUUUCCAUUGUACGUUCUGCGGGAAAGAUUUGUUGUUAUCACCUGUGGAUAUUUUAAAACAUAAAAAAUCUUGUAAAUAAAAUUAAAUAUCUUACUUAAUGAUAAA